AUGGGCGCAGCCUUGACCUUGAUGAUCCUGCUCAUUGUGGUUGGGAACUCUUUGGUGAUCAUAGCCAUAGCCAAGACCCCCAGGCUGCAAACCAUGACCAACGUUUUCAUCACCUCCUUGGCUUGCGCUGACCUCAUUAUGGGCGUUUUGGUGGUGCCCCCAGGUGCCACCCUCCUAGUCACCGGCGACUGGCUCUACGGCACCGUGGUGUGUGAACUGUGGACCUCGGUGGAUGUCCUGUGCGUGACAGCCAGUAUAGAGACCUUGUGUGUGAUAGCUGUGGACAGAUACAUCGCCAUCACCUCACCUUUGAAGUACGAGAUGCUGGUGACCAAACUCAGAGCCAGGUUGGUCGUUUGUUUAGUGUGGGCUAUUUCCGCUUUGAUAUCAUUCUUGCCCAUUAUGAUGCUCUGGUGGAGGGACAACAAAAACUCCAUAGCUAAGAGCUGCUACGAUAACCCCAAGUGCUGCGACUUUGUCACCAACAUGCCCUACGCCAUCGUGUCUUCCACCAUGUCCUUUUACGUCCCAUUGGUCAUCAUGAUCUUUGUUUACGCCAGAGUCUUCAUAGUGGCCAGCAGACAGGUCAACUUGAUAGAAAAGGACAAGGUGAGGUUUAAUGGGACCCCAGUGCCCUCCACCAAAAACAAAAGGACUUCCAAAAGGAGGCCCUCAGGGUUGUUGGCCAUCAAGGAACACAAAGCACUAAAGACUUUGGGCUUCAUCAUGGGUGUUUUCACCCUUUGCUGGCUGCCCUUCUUCGUGGCCAACAUCAUCAAGGUGUUUUGCACUUCGUUAAUAGACGACAAUGUCUUCUUGUUUUUGAACUGGUUGGGUUAUAUUAACUCAGGGCUUAACCCCAUCAUCUAUUGCAGGAGCCCGGAUUUCAGGAAGGCGUUUAAAAAGCUGCUUUGCUGCAAUAGAGCAGUGGACCGUAAACGGCAUGCGUUGUCCAAGGACCCUAAAAGAAAUCAGUAUGCCUCAAGCAAUCAGCUGGACUGCGAUGGCCUCAAACACCUCGGCGAUCCCGAAUUGGGCAAUGGGAGCCUGAGUAGCAGUAGCCGGUGUAGUAGCCGGACUGAGGAGACCAGUCUGAAAAACAGCAAUGGACAUCCCCACCAACCUGAUCAGUCCAACGUGUAA